CUUUUGGCAGUAGCUUAGCAUUGGACUGCCCGUUCCAGUUAGUAUAGAGUUCACUGUCAAUGUUAGGUUUUAGGUUAUGUUAUGAUUCAAUGCUCCAAUAUUAUUGCUUGCAAAGUUGCUAAUGCUAACGUGUAUCUUGCUAAUAGCAUAGUACUGCAUUAUUAUUAAUUAAUUAGUAUUUAUUUUAAUUUUUUUUGUUAAAUUCCUUGCAAUGGCUGAUGAUGAUGCUGGUGGAUAUUACGAGGAGAAGCCGUUGAUGUUCUUUGGUCGAGACGUAUCGAAAAUUCCAUGUUUUCGAAACAGUUUCCUGUACGGCUUGACAUCUGGCCUGUUUGGAGGUCUGGGGUAUUUCAUGUUUACCAGUAAAAUUCCGCAAAGCUAUCGAUUUGGCGCAACAACUUACCUCGCCGUCACUAUUGGCUACUGGUUACAGUGUCGCUAUGCUUAUAUAACUAACAAACAAGAAAUAGAUCGAAUUCAAGCCGCGUUGCUGAGAAGAAUUGAGAUUGAAGGAACUGCACUUGAAGCUGAGUUGUUGAAUGAUGAUGAUGAAGAUAGCUAAGUUCUAUCUUGUAAACAUGGACUUUAGUUAUAUUUGUAAAUAAUUUAGAGAGUAUUAUUGUUUAUCUUUGUAUAUUAUGUAAUCAGCUUAUUAAUAGAAAAUAAAAGUGUUGAAUGCUUGAUA